AUGAUUGAUACGAAGGCUGCAACCGACCCAUCAUCUGUCUGCUUGAUGAUUCACGGGCUGUUCGGAUCUGCAGCCCUUUUUCGGCAGAAGACCGGAGCAAUCCGCAAACUCUGCAAAAAGCUUCUUUACACAUACGUAGAUGCACCGCUGCUUGCUGACUCAGACGCUGAAAAAGAUAGCAAAGCGAAGGAUGGCUCUGCUACCUCUUCGGCGGUAUAUGCGUGGUUCAGGCACACCUCGGCUGACUUGCCGGUGUCUGCGCAGCCUUCUUUGUGUAGCUCCACUGCUUGCUGGACAUGUAGACCAGUUGCUGUGUAUGACUUCAAGCUAGGACUCAAUCAUUUUAGGGCAGUGACAGCCGAAACUAAUCCGGCGUGUAUUUUGUGUUUCUCGCAAGGGGCCACAGUUGCUUUAACCGCGAUCUUACUGGAUUUAUUAGAUGCAUGGGAAGGAAGGAAUGACGCGGCUGGACAUUUGGCAAGCGUGAAGAGCAUUAUCCUAGCAUCCCCAUGGGUUCCGCAUCCUUGCCAAUUCAACUCAUGCGAUGAGCCCCAGCAGGGAAAUCCGGUCACAGAUGUCCUUACUCGCGUAGCACGCUCCGAAAUGGGCCGUGAAGCUGAUCUGCAACUACCGUUUCGAGUUCUAGUGAUCUAUGGUAGUGCGGACCCUGUCACUCCUCCCUCAGGAAUCGCGUAUCUCCGCUCUAUCUGUCCGUUCUUCAGGUACGUCGAACAUCCUAACGGACACCUCAUACCAACGACAGAGCCCGUGCGGACGGCGCUCCGGGACGAAUUCGAGAACGCAGCGGCCUUGUGA